UCGGGGGCGCCGGGGAACAGUGUGAAGGACGGUGGCGAGUUUCUUGGGCUCCCUGAGGACCAGAAACUCGGCCCCUAUUCCACCGGCCUGCUCAUAAUCAACAGCAUGGUCGGCACGGGCAUCUUCACGACGCCGGCGCAGAUCAUCGCAAGCACAAACAGCGUCGGCGCCGCGCUACUCCUUUGGGCCCUGGGCGGGAUUGUGACGCUUGCUGGUCUUUAUGUCUUCAUCGAGCUCGGAACCGCGCUGCCUAGAUCAGGCGGCCCGCUAGUCUAUCUGCCCCGGAUAUUCCGUCGGCCGCGGUAUCUCGCGACGUGCAUAUUUGCCGUUCAGUUCGUGCUGUUCGCGACGUCUGCGUCGUCGGCCGUUAGCUUCGCCGCCAACAUUCUACAGGCCGGAUCGAUAGAUAGGUCCGGCAGCUACGCUAGCAACGGGCUCGCGGUCGCCAUCGUCACGGCCGUCUGUCUCAUCCACGCCUUUCUUCCCAGUCACGGUGUCGAGCUGUCCAACAUCCUCGGCGUCGUCAAGCUGGGCUUUCUCGUAGCCAUCUCCGUCACGGGCUUCGUGGCGCUCGGUGGCCGAUCAAAUACACCCCCGCCGGGAAACUUCAUCGUCUUUGACGGCUCCGGCACUGUCGAGGUGGCGGACGCGCUCCAGGGAACGCCCGGGUCGGCCGCGGGUUUUGCCGUGGCCCUCCUCCACAUACUUUAUUCGUUCUUCGGGUGGCAGAACGCAAACUAUGUGCUCGGCGAGGUCAGGCGUCCCAAAAGGACGCUCUUCAAAGCCGUCCCAAUUACAGUGGGCAUAGUCGUUGUCCUUUACAUGUUGAUCAAUGUGGCCUAUUUUGCCGCCUUGUCCAAGAACGACAUCGCCCUCACCGGAAUUGACCAGCGCAGCGUUGCCGCCGCCUUCUUCGAAGCUGUCGUCGGCAACGGCAGCUUUGUGCAGAUUGGCGUGCCCAUCCUGCUUGCCACGUCGGCACUGGGAAAUGUCUUUGCGCAGGUCUUCGCCAUGGCACGCGUCAAGCAGGAGAUUGCCAAGGAGGGCUUGCUGCCGUGGUCGCUCUUCUGGGCCCGCGAAGAGCUAUUUCCGGCCACCUUCUGGGCCGUGCCCCGGCGCUGGGUCGAUAGAUUGGCCUUCUUAUUCAGAAAUUGGACGACACGGCCAUCGCCUACCAGAGCCAUUUUGCUCCACUGGAUCAUCACUGUUGUCGUCAUCCUGGCGUCGACAGCGGCCGACGGCGCCCGGUAUGUCUCUGUCACCUUCUUCUACGCCGAGAGCUGGGUGAGCCUGUUCCUCGCCGCGGGGCUACUGUCCAGGUUCCGGCAUCGCAACAUCGAGUGGCUGCUGGACCCUGUAACCGAGAAGUCAGUUUUCUACAAAGCGCCGACCCUCGUCGUCGUCUUCUGGGCGCUAUCGCUGGUGUUCGCCGUGUCGGCCUACUUCGUCCCGUUCCGCCAGUUCCCGACGUCGGCCAUCCCGUGGUAUGUGGUGCCCACAGUCGGCACGGGCCUGCUGCUCGUCGGCGCCACCUACUGGCUGCUGUGGGCCACGGUGCGGAACCGCUUUGGGUUCUAUGUCCGCGACCGGACACUGAAUCACGAAGGAGUUGUGGUUACCGAGCACAUUCGUAUUGAAAAGCCACCUGAGCGUGUUGAAAUGAUACACAGCGUUGGCAGGAUCAGGAGAGGGUACGAGAUUUGGACGUCAUUGUAGACCAAACACAACAGGAUGAAUGGAAUGAAUCGAUGAACUAGGAAGAGGAAGAAGAAAAGAAGCCAAGGCUAGUGAGGGUGUAGGUAUUUGCCUGUGGGUGCACGUGAGUGUUCCACAUAGCGUGAACCUUGCCUAAUUACGGUAGCCCGCAAUUAUCACGGAUACGCUCCCUGUUUUUGAUG